GUACUGUGUGAUCUCAUUGUCGUCGACCGCUGGAAAACUGGCCGUGUGGAACUGCAUCAAAAACACUUGCGUUCAAAGGAUGCGGGAUUUGCAAGAGCCGAAAAUCCUCCAGCUUUUGCCAGGAAAACGAAAAGCAAUUUGUCUCUGCGGCCGGGAGCUGAUUCUCAUUGAUCUUGCGGAAGGCAAAAUGGAGUUGAAAUUGAAAGGCAUUAUGAAUCAGAAAUUGCCGCUUUUUGCUUUGGUGGACGAGUAUCAUCUAAUAACUCUUGCACGAAACCGCAUGUAUCUCAACUUGAUCAACAUGGAGUCCGGAGACUGCAUUUCCACGUUUAAAGUGGGAGAGGAUCGGUUCUUGAAUUCGUUGGUUGUAUCGGAAAACGGGAAGAUCUGCGUUUGUGGAGAUGAAACUCAGAAGCCGUUUCCUUUGCUUGUUUGGGACCUUGAGAAAAGGAAGUUAGUGUUUGAUCUCCGCAUCCCACACCAUGAAUUCUUGACGCAUCUCAUGGCGAUCACGAAGGAAGGGCAUUACGUCGCAUGUGCAUGUGAGGAAAUCGAUGGGAAUGAAGCAAUGUUCAUCGUGGUGUACGAUCUUCAAAACGGAACCCAGUUCAAGAGGCUGAAACCCGGGAUGACGUUGCCGCAAUCUGGCGUAUGA